CUGGUUGCUAGGGAACGGGGAUCGAGUUGUUCUCAACACUGCCGCCAUUCAGAACACACACGUACGGGAGGCCGUCCUCAAACACUCACGUUCUGCUGGAUUUUCCCUCAAUUCUCCCAGUGCAAUUCCCGUAGAAGUACUCAAGAACUUCAGAUCGCCAUGGCGAAGCUGGUGUCCCCGCCCCCGAAGUUUACCAAGGAUGAAUGGACCGUCUCUAACCUCACCAAGUACCACUCUGCGGAGGCCGAGCGCUCGCGGUCCGAGCGACUCAUCGCCGAGAGUCAGCGCCUCAUGAACGAGACGGAACAAACCACGAGACGGACACAGAGGGACGUCAACAAGAAACUAGAACAGCGGAUUGAUGACAUAGACUUCUGGAAGUCAGAGCUGGACCGUAAGUUGGAGGAGAUCACGAAUGAGAAUGACACUUUGCUGGAGUACAAGACUCGGCUGGAGAAGGGCAUAGAGGCAUGCGAGGAGCCGCUCAGAAUCGCACAGACAUGCCUCGCUAACAGACAGAACCGAGCGUCGAUCGACCUGGUCCAUGACGAUGUGGAGAGAGAACUGCUGAAGGAAGUGGAGACGAUCCAGGGAGUAAUGGAGCUGUUGAUGAGGACCCACGAGCAGGCCGUCGAGCAGAUCCGACUCAACCGCUCCGCAAAGUUCCAUCUGGAGAAGGACCUGAGGGACAAGCUGUCAGCGCUCAACAUCGACGACUACUGCUCAACUCUCACCAACAACACGCCGACUAUCGGAUACGCAGAUACAGCUGUGAAAAUACAGGCAAACUCGGUGACUCCCAACGACUGGCGCUCGUUCUCCGACGACAACAUCGCGAAGGCAGACAAACAGAAGAACCUGUCCAUCCAGCUGCGUUCCCUGAUAGAUGGGGUUCUGGUGCAGACGGCAGACGACAUGCAGAAACAGGUGGACUGCACAAACCUCGCCUUCCGCAAGCGAGUCGACGAGACGAAACUCGCCAAGUCCAAACUCGAGGAUCAUCUGGGCAAGGUGAUGGACGAGGUGACCUCGCAGGAGAAGAACAAUGCCAACCUGCGGAAAGCCAUCGCGGAUAAGGAGGCGCCCAUGCAGGUGGCGCAGACUCGCCUCGGUAACCGCGAGCAACGACCCAACGUGGAGCUCUGCCGCGACCCCGCACAGUACAGGCUCGUCAGCGAGGUCGGGGAAAUCUCGGAAAACGUUCAAAGAUUACAGGAGCUUCUGUACGCCUCGGAGGCGGAGUUGAAGGGCCUGCGAAGGAACCAGCUGAUCCUGGAGGAGGACAUAGAGGUCAAGGCCAACUCCCUCCACAUCGACGAGGUCCAGUGUAUGCAGCUGAGGGAGGGCAUCAACAUCAACAUCAAGAGCUUCUAACCUGGACAACAACAUAGAUAUACAUGUAGUUAUCAUCAACAUAUUCUACUGGUCUACAUUUACCUGAGAAAUCACACAUCGAAGAGGUCCAGUGUAUGCAGCUGAGGGAGGGCAUCAACAUCAAGUCUUUCUAACUGUAGUUACGUGUAGGUCUACAUUUGUCUACAAACAAUCAUCAACUUUUACCUGCCGACUUACUUAUCCAUGAGGUGGCUAAGAUGUAGCUAACAAUAACAUUCCACUGGUCUACGUGUAAAAACAGUUAUCAACCUUUACCUGUCAAAAAUACAUGUAGAUCACAAGUAAAUGCAAAUGUAUAAUGAUUAUUUACAGUAAUGAAAAAACAACAACAACCUAGGAAUGUUUGGUACUCCUCGAAUUAAACAGACAAAACAGCCACUAUGAGGAAUUCUAUAUAUAUAUAUAAGAUUCAGAUGUGUCAACAAAAAAAACCUAGUGUUUUAAUUUAUAAUACUGACAGUGGGAAUCUGGCACUACAUGUACUAAGUUAACAUGUCUACUGGAGAUGUGGGUUGUACAGUGUAGGAAAUAGUGUUAUAUAUGGUGUAAAACAGGAUAGAAUGGUAACAAAGGAAAGUUGAGCUUUGACUUUGCACAUUGUAUUGUUGCUUUACCAUGAAUUCAAUGUUUUCCGAAUAUGAAUGACAGUAGUGUAGCCAUGAACGUACAUUGUAUUUUGUAUGUUUUAUUGUUUCUGGACAGUUUUAGGCCUUUAUAAUGUCUGUACAAACCUUAAGUUUCUCUGUCCCUGACUGUUGUACAUACAUGUUAUCUGUCAAGCUGACACAGUUUAUCAAUAAAGCUUCAUAUAAAUU